AACCAGUCAGAGAGAGACAGUGUGACACAAAUUAUUGAGAUAAGUUAAUACGGGUUACAAAUGAGUGGACAGAUGUAGCCAACACAAUUACUGCAUUUUGAAAAAGUCUUCGACAGACCUUCUUGGAAUACCACCUCUAAUUCAAAGCAAACUUGGUACAAAUACCCUUUUGAAGCUGCAAUGGCAGAUGGCAGCAGUCCCCCAUUGUCAUCCUACAUCAUGGAUGAGGAAACUCUGAAGAGAAAACAAAAAGAGAAGCUAAAGAAGCUGAUGGCUACAGGAGGCAACCCGAGGCCUGCACGCUCUCUCCUCUUCUUAACACUGAGGAAUCCCUUCCGCAAGGCAUGCAUCAGUAUUGUGGAGUGGAAACCUUUUGAAAUCAUAAUCCUACUGGCCAUUUUUGCCAACUGUGUGGCCCUGGCUGUGUACUUGCCCAUGCCUGAGGAAGACAGCAACAACACCAACAGCAACCUGGAAAGCCUGGAGUACAUCUUCCUCAUCAUCUUCUCUGUAGAGUGUUUCCUGAAGAUUGUUGCCUAUGGAUUUCUUUUUCAUGCAGACGCAUACUUAAGAAACUGCUGGAACAUUCUGGACUUUGUUUGUGUAUCUGUUGGCCUCUUCACUGUGAUUGUGGAUGCCAUUAAUCACAUCAGUGGGGUGGAGGCUCCAGUAGGAGAGAAAGGUGGUGGCUUUGACAUGAAAGCUUUGCGGGCAUUCAGAGUCCUCCGGCCACUUCGACUGGUCUCUGGAGUCCCCAGCCUGCAAGUGGUGAUGAACUCCAUUCUAAAAUCCAUGCUGCCUCUUUUUCACAUCACCCUACUGGUCCUUUUCAUGGUCACCAUUUACUCGAUCAUGGGAUUGGAGCUUUUCAAGUGCAAAAUGCACAAGACCUGCUACUACAUUGGCACAAAUAUCAUUGCUACAGUGGAGAAUGAGAAGCCAGCUCCAUGUGCUCAAGCAGGGAAUGGUCGGCGUUGUACCAUCAAUGGCACAGAGUGUCGAGCUGGCUGGCCAGGUCCAAACCAUGGAAUCAGCCAUUUUGACAACCUAGGAUUUUCCAUGCUGACUGUCUACCAGUGUAUCACCACACAAGGAUGGACUGACAUCCUUUACUGGGUAAAUGAUGCCAUAGGAAUGGAAUGGCCAUGGAUCUAUUUUACCACACUUAUCCUGGUUGGCUCCUUCUUCGUGCUCAACCUGGUUUUGGGUGUUCUUAGUGGUGAGUUCACAAAAGAGCGAGAGAAGGCCAAGUCCCGCGGAGAGUUUCAGAAGCUGAGGGAAACCCAGCAGCUGGAUGAAGACCUCAAGGGCUAUAUGGAGUGGAUUACUCAGGCUGAGGUCAUGGAGAAUGAGCAGGAGGGACAGGGUAAGAUACAAGACACAGACUACUUGUUGAAUUGAACAGAACAAAAUAAAAUACUUUCCUUUUUUUAUAUAUGGAGACACUGGAAUCGUUGGUUACGCCGUAAAUGCAGAGUGUAUGUGAAGUCAAAACUGUUCUACUGGUGGGUGAUCAUGCUCGUCUUCCUAAAUACGCUGGCCAUAGCAACAGAACACCACAAGCAGUCUCAGAGACUCACAAACUGGCAAGACAAUGCCAAUAAGCUACUGCUGUCUAUGUUUGCCCUGGAGAUGUUCAUGAAGAUGUAUGCCCUAGGCUUGCCCUCUUACUUUAUGUCUCUCUUCAAUCGCUUUGACUGCUUUGUGGUGUCAACUGGCAUUAUGGAGCUCCUCCUUGUCCACAUGGGUGUUAUGUCAGUCAUGGGCAUUUCUGUGCUGCGUUGCAUACGCCUGCUUCGCCUGCUCAAAGUCACCAGAUACUGGACAUCUCUCAGUAAUCUGGUGGCCUCCCUCUUGAACUCGGUCCGUUCCAUUGCCUGCUUGCUGCUGCUCCUCUUUCUUUUCAUUGUAAUCUUCUCCCUGCUGGGUAUGCAGGUGUUUGGGGGGAAGUUUAACUUUCCCAACCAACCCAAACCCCGCAGCACCUUUGACAGCUUCCCUCAGGCCCUCAUCACUGUGUUCCAGAUCCUCACAGGUGAGGACUGGAAUGCAGUCAUGUAUGAUGGCAUCAUGGCUCAUGGAGGACCCAGCAUGCCUGGGAUCCUGGUCAGCAUCUACUUCAUCAUCCUAUUUGUCUGUGGAAAUUUCAUCCUUCUAAAUGUCUUCCUGGCCAUCGCUGUUGAUAAUUUGGCAGAGGCUGAGUCUCUGACUUUGGCACAGAAAGAGAAAGCAGAGGAGAAAAAACGCAAGAAAGCUCUCAGGGCCAGCAUGCCUGACAAGGUGUCAGAGGAGAAGGCAAAUCUGGCAAAGAAGUUGGCUGAGCAAAGGGCAAAGGGUGUAGAGGGCAUCCCUACAACUGCCAAGCUCAAAAUUGAUGAGUUUGAGUCUAAUGUGAAUGAGAUCAAAGACCCUUUUCCUCCAGCAGACUUUCCUGGUGAUGAUGAGGAGGAGGACCCUGAAAUCCCAGAAAGCCCUAGACCUCGUCCAAUGGCAGAUCUGCAGUUGAAGGAGGAAGCAGUGCCCAUGCCAGAGGCCAGCUCAUUUUUUAUCUUUGGACCUCAGAACAAGUUCCGGAGGCUCUGCCAUCGCAUUAUCAAUGCAACUACUUUCACCAACAUCAUCCUCCUCUUCAUCCUGCUGUCAUCUAUUUCUUUAGCUGCUGAGGAUCCCAUAGACCCCAUGUCCUUUAGAAACCAGGUGUUGGCCUACGCUGAUAUAGUCUUCACGUCAGUGUUCACAGCGGAAAUUGUGCUCAAGAUGACAACAUAUGGUGCUAUUCUUCACAAAGGGUCUUUCUGUCGGAACUCUUUCAACAUUUUGGAUCUUCUGGUCGUCAGUGUAUCUCUCCUCUCAAUGGGCAUGGAAUCCAGUGCCAUCUCAGUUGUAAAGAUUCUAAGGGUGUUAAGGGUACUCCGGCCCCUGCGGGCCAUCAAUAGAGCCAAGGGACUCAAGCAUGUUGUCCAGUGUGUAUUUGUUGCUGUCAAGACCAUUGGAAAUAUUGUACUGGUCACCAUGCUGCUGGACUUCAUGUUUGCCUGCAUUGGAGUCCAACUUUUCAAAGGCAAGUUCUACGCUUGCACAGAUCCUGACAAAAUGACUGAGGAAACAUGCAAAGGCUGGUUUAUAAAGUACCAGGAAGGAGCACUUCAUGAAAUGGAGGUCCACAAGAGGGAAUGGAUCAACUCAGAACUUAACUUUGACAACAUUCUCAAUGGGAUGCUGGCUCUUUUCACCAUUUCUACCUUUGAAGGAUGGCCAAAGUUACUAUAUAAAGCCAUUGAUUCAAACUUAGAGGACAAAGGCCCAGUGUACAACAACCGAGUGGCCAUUUCAAUCUUCUUUAUCAUCUACCUUAUCCUUAUUGCCUUCUUCAUGAUGAAUAUAUUUGUGGGCUUCGUCAUCGUCACCUUCCAGGAGCAAGGAGAGCAGGAGUAUAAGAACUGUGAGCUAGACAAAAAUCAGCGCCAGUGUGUGCAGUAUGCUCUCAAGGCCCGACCACUGCGAUGUUAUAUUCCCAAAAACCCCUACCAGUAUCAGGUGUGGUACAUCGUCACCUCCUGCUACUUUGAGUAUCUGAUGUUCCUCCUUAUUAUGCUCAACACCAUGUGUCUGGGAAUGCAGCACUGUAACCAGUCAGACCAUGUUACUCACCUGUCUGACAUGCUGAAUGUGAUUUUCACUGUACUCUUCACUGUGGAGAUGAUCCUUAAACUCAUGGCCUUCAAAGCCAAGGGUUAUUUUGGAGACCCAUGGAAUGUCUUUGAUUUUGUCAUUGUCAUUGGAAGUGUUGUGGACGUGAUCCUGAGCGAAAUUGAUGCAGCACUGGCCUCCUCGGGAGGACUUUACUGUCUCCAUGGUUGCGCUGAAGUGGAUCCAAUGCAAAACAUGAGCGUAUCGGUCACAUUCUUCAGAUUGUUUCGUGUCAUGCGUCUGGUGAAACUUCUGAAUCGUUCCGAGGGAAUACGGAAUCUUCUGUGGACCUUCAUCAAAUCCCUUCAGGCUCUUCCCUAUGUGGCCCUGCUCAUUCUCAUGCUGUUCUUUAUAUACGCUGUGGUUGGAAUGCAGAUAUUUGGUAAAAUUGCAUUGGUUGAUGGCACAUACAUCAACAGGAACAACAACUUCCAGACAUUCCCACAGGCUGUGCUGCUGUUAUUCAGAUGUGCCACAGGGGAGGCAUGGCAUGAAGUGAUGCUAGCAUGUAUGUACGGGAGGAAGUGUGACCCCAAGUCGGACUACCUGCCUGGGGAAGAGUACACCUGUGGAUCCAACUUUGCCAUAAUCUACUUCAUGAGUUUCUAUAUGCUCUGUGCCUUUCUGGUGCUGUUUCACUCGCUUCUUCUCUCCUUGCUGUUCUUGUACUCAGACAACUUCAGUUACUUACAGCGAAAGUGGGCGUGGCUUACACCACACAAUUCAGCGGAAUUCAGAGAACACAGUCCCGACGCCAAGGGGCGUAUUAAGCAUCUUGACGUGGUGACACUCCUACGAAGAAUACCUCCUCCUCUGGGUUUUGGCAAGUUUUGUCCUCAUCGUGUCGCCUGCAAGAGGUUGGUCUCCAUGAACAUGCCUCUCAACAGUGAUGGAACAGUCACCUUCAACGCCACACUGUUUGCCCUGGUUAGAACUGCACUGAAAAUAAAGACAGAAGGUAAUUUUGAACAAGCCAACGAGGAGCUGAGGGCAAUUAUCAAGAAGAUUUGGAAGCGUACCAGUAUGAAACUUCUGGAUCAAGUCAUCCCACCUAUAGGAGACGAUGAGGUGACAGUGGGAAAAUUCUAUGCCACUUUCCUAAUCCAGGAUUAUUUCAGGAAAUUGAAGAAAAGAGAGGAAGAGUACUAUGGCUACGGACUCACCAAGAAAAGUGCUACUCAUGAGAUACAGGCAGGGUUGAGGAAUAUCGAGGAAGAGGCAGCUCCAGAGCUUCACAGGGCCAUCUCCGGAGACCUUGUGCCUGAAGAAGAGAUGGAGCGAGCUAUUGAAGAAGUUGCUGUGGAGGGCAUCUUCAGGAGACAAGGUAGUCUCUUUGGAAACCACUCAGACCCGUUUUCUGUGGAAAGUGAGAUGGCCAAUGCCAACCAAGCCACGAACCAGCGCCCUCUGCAAAUGGCAGAAGGAGUCAUCAACAACAACAUAAAUAUCACCAACAGCAGCACAAGUCACAGUCUUUAUUAACAGUAGUUUGGAAGAAUUGGCCUCUGACUACUGAUGUCUGCCCGAGUACUUCAGUGCCAUGACCUUUGACUUUGGCAAAAUGGAGAUGGCAGGAGCUUCUCAACAGAUGCAGAGAAGGAUUGAUGAAAGGGACUGCCAAGGCUGCCAACCCUACCAUCCAAACCUGAAAACAGUGUUAAAUGUGUCAAAAACUUUAAUGCUGACCAUUGCCCAUAAUAGUGAGUUCUAAGACAUGUAAUACCAGGAAAUGCUACCUGUUACAAACUUUCCUUGAUUUUAUUUCUUCUAGAGACACUGGUCUGGUGUGAACUGUUUGUGCUGUCUUCGCAGAAUUUCUAAAUAAUUUUUUAAAAAUCUGUCCCAUAUUUUUCUUACCCUUAUUUUGCUACGACUAUAAAAACAGGAGGGUUGAUUUAAGGGUAUAGUAUUUAAAAAAAAAAAGCCACAUAAUGAAAGAAUGCAAUUUUUUAUAUAGACAUUUAAGUAAAUUCCCACUGCAGUGUAACAAAAGAUGAGGGGGAAACAAGCCUUUUUUGAUUAAAUAUAAAUAUAUUACUUUGACUGUCUUUUCUGUCAGUUUGCUAACUUUGUUACAAAACUAUCCAUAAUUUGACAUGGCCUUUUUAUCCAUUGGCUCUUUAACCUGCUGAACUCUUAUCACAAUUGAAGCAUGUCACAAAUGCUUUUUGUUUUUGCUCAAGUUUACUGUGUUACACGGACCUACAUGUAUUACUUAGACAAUCUCCCUUUCAUAUCGAAAUAUUGAUUAAUUCAGAUUUUAGUAUAUCGCUGCAUGCUUUAAAAGGAAAAGCAAUUAACUGUGUUUAAGACAUGAAGCUUUUCUGUAGUUGUCAACCUCACGUUGUGUGGUGUCUUGGUGUGUUUGAUUUAAGUGUGAAUAAAGUCUAAAUGCAACAG